AUGGGUAAUCCCUCACCCUUGAACGCAUCCAGGACCCCGGACCUGGAGCAAAAUGACAACGGACACUUCUUGAUGAAUGAGACUGUCCGGAAUUUCUCCUGGCAAGGUUUAACGGUCACCGUCAAGGAUCGUGAAACAAAGAGAUCCCGCGAUCUGCUUAAUGAUAUUAGCGGUGAUGUGCAACAUGGGGAGCUCGUUGCCCUAAUGGGCCCAUCAGGCUGUGGCAAGACAACACUCCUCAACGUCCUUGCUCGACGUGCAGCCUCAGCUGGUGCGAAGGUUCUCGGGGAGACCUACGUGAAUGAUGCUGAGGUAGACUCGCGGACUUUCCAGCGGGUGACCUCGUACGUUGAGCAGGAAGAUGUGUUGAUCGGGUCUUUAACGGUGCAGGAGACAUUGAAAUUCGCGGCAGAUCUUUCGUUACCCAGCUGUGUAUCGAAACGCCAGCGCAUGGAUCGGAUCCGGACACUUUUGGAAGCAUUUGGUAUCCAGAACCAGGCAAACACGUUGGUUGGCACCCCGAUUCGGAAGGGCAUCAGUGGUGGUCAGAAGCGACGUUUGAGUGUGGCUAGCCAGCUUAUCACCAAUCCAAGGAUUUUGUUCUUGGAUGAGCCUACCAGUGGUCUAGAUUCGGCUGCCAGCUUUGAGGUGAUGUCGUAUGCAAAGCAGCUUGCGCAGGCCAAUAACCUCGUCAUCAUCGCGAGUAUCCAUCAACCGUCAACCGCCACAUUUCAGCUCUUCAAUAAGCUGAUGCUUCUCUCGGCCGGAAAAACAUGCUAUUUUGGGGCAAUCUCAGCCGUGGAGACCUACUUCAGUGGCAUUGGCUAUCCGAUCCCCGCGAAUACCAAUCCUGCUGAGUUUCUCUUGGGGACUGUGAGUUCUGAUUUUGACAACUCGAAGGACUUGGCGGAGGGGCGACUCGAGGCCAUUCAGACUGCCUGGGCAAAUUCGAAUGAGGCAAAACAAGUAUCUGAGCGUGUACGCUCGGUAGAGAAGCUUGUCAACAAGGAGUCUAUAGAAGAAACGAAUCGAGCGGGAACGGUUUCGAUUACCGUAGCUCUGCUGCAUCGCUCAUUUGUUAAGUCUUACCGCGAUGUCAUUGCUUAUGGAAUCCGGAUCGCGAUGUAUCUUGGAUUGGCUAUCAUGAUGGGUACAGUGUGGCUACGUCUGCAUCCAGCACAAGAGUCUAUCCAGCCGUUUAUCAACGCAAUUUUCUUUGGCUCCGCGUUCAUGUCUUUCAUGGCGGUAGCAUAUGUCCCUGCCUUCCUCGAAGACCGGGCAAUUUUCACCAAAGAGCGAGCCAACGGACUAUAUGGCGUGACACCAUUCAUGGUCUCAAACUUUAUCAUCGGUCUUCCCUACCUGUUUUUGAUCUCUCUCCUCUUUUCAAUUGUCUCAUACUGGCUCUCCAAUUUCCAACCAACGGCAGAAGCCUUCUUCACCUGGGUGAUGUGGAUAUUCCUUGACCUUGUGGCGGCCGAAUCCCUCGUGGUUCUCGUGACAUCGAUAUUCCCAAACUUUGUAAUCGCCUUGGCGCUUGUCGCAUUCGCAAAUGGACUUUGGAUGAGUGUCGGAGGGUUUAUGGUCACGCAAACGAUCCUCAAUCCGUUCUGGAAAUACGUGUUUCACUAUAUCGAUUACCAGGCUUAUGUUUUCCAGGGUAUGAUGGUCAAUGAGUUCUCCAAACGGACUUACUCGUGUGGUGCCGAUUGUCGGUGCAUGUGGUCUACUGACCUAGAAGAUCAAUGUCUCAUUCGGGGUACUGGGGUGCUAGAAUCGUACGGGUACUCCACUGGCCAAACGGGGAAGUGGGCUGGAAUUCUUGUGGGCAUCAUUGCGGGAUAUCGAAUCCUUGGAUGGGUUGCUCUCUAUCUGCGCAGGAAUUAG